AUGCCCUCGAUCACGAACGUCGGGGGCUCGAUCACGAGUCUCGUCGCCCUGACCUCUAUUGCUUGGGGCAUUCGGUUCUUCCGGAAGCAUGCGCUGCGACGUUCGAGCCUCGAGUCCGGGCAGCUGGGAGGCCGCGGGAACUUGCCUGCGCUGCCCGCGUUGACUCCCGCGGCGGUGCGCAAGCUCGUCCACCAAGACCCCAUCCCCCACAGACUCAUAGACAUACGCCAGCCAAACGAGGUCGCCGCGAAGCCGCUCCCCUCGGACCUCGGCCCCGUGGCCUGCAUCCCCGCCAACGAGCUCGGCACCGCGCUCUCCGCUCGCGGCGAAUGGCCCGUGUCCUGCGGAGGCAGGCGCCCGUCAACGGAAGCCCUCCUCGUCCUGAUCGGACCCAAGCCGGAGCACUGCCUGCAGGCCGUCAGAGCAGCGCGCUCCAGCGGGUACCGACGACUUGCAGCCGUGCGGGGCGGCGCUCAGUCGUUUCUGCACCACGACCACCACAACAACAACUCCGGUUCCGGCCGCUCUCGCCAGGAGAAUGGGCGCGGCAGCUUCGACAAGCCGGACAGCGGGCCGCGGUACCUCGGCCGCGACGCCCUCGCGGUCCUCCUCAGCCGCGCCGGCGCGCCGGGCAGCGGCUGCGUGAUCCUCGACGUGCGCCGCAGCGACGAGCGCAGCAUGUACGGCGGCAUCCGCGGCACGCACCACCUGCCCGCCGCAGACCUCCCGCAGGCGCUGGACCUGCCCCCCGAGCAGUUCGAGGCCACGUGGCGCUUCCCCAAGCCCGCCAAGAAUACGGUGCUCGCGCUGCUGUCCCGGGGCGAGCGGCGCGCGGUGUGGGCGGCGCGCGUCGCGGAGGACGCCGGCUGGACGCGGCCGCUGUGCUGCAAGGGCGGGACGGCCGGCUGGCAGAUGGCGGGGUCGAACGUGCUGUCGUACCCGCACUACGAGCGCGGGGAGGAGCCGCCGGAGCCGCACGUGCUGCCGCCGCGGCCCGUGGGGGAGACGGAGGGGUUCCGGGAGCUGCGGAUGAAGGGCCUGAUAGCGUAG